AUCCUCUCAUUACUCAUCCUUCAGUCACUUCAUUUUCCUCUGCAUCUUCGAUCCGCACAGAGACAGAGCGAAAAUGGUGGCGCAAUGCCAGGCCUCGUGUCGGCUGAGCACGGUGGUUCUUGUCUUGCUGGUCGCCGGAGCAAUGUCUGGAGCAGCGAUCGCCCGCGACUUGUCUCGAUCCGAGAACCUUGAAACGGGAGUGCUCCGGAGCUCGAGCUCGAACUACUCGUCCAUGGCGUCAUCGAGCUCUAAAGAGGCGGAUCGCCUGAACGAUCAAGCAGUGGAUGACCCAGAGAAGGUUGCUUCCAUGGUCGACAUGAUCAUCAGGAACAGCACCGAAAGAAGGAACUUGGGCUUCUUCUCCUGCGGGACUGGCAAUCCGAUCGACGACUGCUGGCGCUGCGACCCGAACUGGCACCUCAACCGCAAGCGCCUCGCCGACUGUGGCAUCGGUUUCGGCAGGAAUGCCAUCGGCGGUCGUGACGGGCGAAUCUACGUGGUGACUGACCCCAGCGACGACGACCCAGUUAACCCGAGGCCAGGCACACUGAGGCACGCUGUUAUCCAGGAGGAGCCCCUGUGGAUCGUGUUCAAGCGCGACAUGGUGAUUCAGCUGAAGCAGGAGCUGAUCAUGAACAGCUUCAAGACCAUCGACGGGCGUGGGUCGAACGUCCACAUUGCGAACAGGGCGUGCAUCACGAUCCAGUUCGUCACCAACGUGAUCAUCCACGGCCUUCACAUCCACGACUGCAAGCCCACUGGCAAUGCCAUGGUCAGGAGCUCACCAAGCCACUUCGGCUGGCGGACCAUGGCUGACGGCGAUGCUAUAUCCAUCUUCGGGUCGAGCCAUGUCUGGAUCGACCACAACUCUCUCUCCAAUUGCGCGGAUGGCCUUGUUGAUGCCGUGAUGGGCUCGACCGCGAUCACUGUUUCCAACAACCAUUUCACCCACCACAACGAGGUGAUUCUGCUCGGUCAUAGCGAUUCUUACACAAGAGACAAGGCGAUGCAAGUGACCAUCGCUUACAACCAUUUUGGCGAAGGACUGAUCCAGAGAAUGCCGAGGUGCAGACAUGGCUACUUUCAUGUGGUGAACAAUGACUACACUCACUGGGAAAUGUAUGCCAUCGGCGGAAGCGCCGACCCCACCAUCAACAGCCAGGGCAAUCGAUAUGCCGCCCCGGUCAACCCCUUUGCGAAAGAGGUGACCAAGAGGGUGGACACUGCUACGAGCCAGUGGAAGAGCUGGAACUGGAGGUCGGAGGGAGAUCUCCUGCUGAACGGCGCCUAUUUCACUCCGUCGGGUGCUGGGGCGUCAGCCAGCUACGCCCGAGCCUCCAGCCUUGGGGCCAAGUCUUCCUCCAUGGUCGGGACCAUAACCUCCGGCGCCGGUGCUCUCCCCUGUCACCCCAACCGCGCUUGCUAGCCUCGGAAGGGGGCACUUUUCCAAUUCUUGGUAUAUAAUCAUACGCCUAACGGUCUAAGUACAGAACACACUCGCUCCCUAUACCGCAAAGAUACUGAAAAAGAAGUUCACAUUCGUUUCGAAUGUUUUCGACUGAGUGUAGCAAUUUACACCCAGUUCAUUGCAAUGGCCAUCCAUCGCAUUCUCAACCUCGGCCUGCUUCAAUCGGAAGGGAAAGCAAGUGCCACAGUUGGAGCUGGUGCGGAAGCGUUGUCUUCGAUUAGCUGCCUCGCUUUUUUCUGUCUUCGUCGACUGGUUUGUUCGCGUGCAUGUGUCGUGUUCGUGUCUGUCUGUCCCCUUGGUCGUAACCAUCGGAUCGUAAUAUUUUCUUACGGUGAAUGUGCUCAAGAGUUCUGCAGUCUGUCUUUGAUAGGUACGAUGGUACGAAGCAAUAGUAUGCAAAAUGCAAGUGUGAAUUCGAGCCUUUGUAAGACAAUGUGAUUUCCUGGUGAUUCUGCAAUUAGCAAUGCAAGCGACGCUAUCUCAGCACACUCUUUCUUUAUGGUUUU